AUGGCGGAAAAAUUAAAAGUGGAUGCCAAAAAAAAUUAUUCAGAUGAAAAUAUCGAUACCAAUGAGAGUACAGAGUCAUUAAUAUCAUUUCUGUCUAAGUUAAGAUAUCUUGUAAGAAAUUUCCGUAAUGAAUUAAUAAAAACCUAUCGGACGUACGUUAAAGUUCUCGAAACUGAUGACAAUAAAUUAACUGUCCCCUAUUCAUCAUUUAUGAAAGCUGACGGGCAUUAUCACAGAAUAAUAAAAUUAUUAGAUAACUUCUUGAAAGUAUUUUCGAACGAUUACCUCGACGUCGUGACGUCACUAAGCGAAAUAAGUUUAUUACGUAAUCAGUAUAUCAAUUUAUUAAUUGAAAAAGAUAAUAUAGGUAAAGAUUCACGGAAAUAUUAUCAUUUGAUAGAUAAAUUAGAAUCUACAGCUCACAAAUAUGAAAAAUUAGUUAUCGAUUUGAACAAAAAAAUUUCUAAUUUUCGUUCAUUGCAAGACAAUUUGAAAAAUUUAAUUAUUAUUUACAAAUCAUUCAGGGGAAAAAGAUUCGUUAUUUCAUUGAACAUAGAUAGCGAUGAUUUGAAAAGUAUUUUGGAGUUCGAUAAAAUUUCUAAUAGACGUAAUAAAAUUAAUAAUAAUUAUAUAUAUAAUUUCGGUGAACGACUUAAGAGGUUAAGUAAACCCGUUUUGAAUCCAGUGUCCUCAUUAAAUGAUACUUACUUCGAAAAAGUUCGACCUGACAUUAAAUUUCCGAUAAAAAAACCCGUAGCUAAACCGGAAUUCGAAGAUUUUGACAUGAAGGACCCAAGUAUUUUAGGAAAACGUUCACGUGAAAGAGAUCAUUUGAUUAAUGAAUUGGAAAAAAUUCAAAAAAAUAAAAAAUUUAUCAAAUCGGACUUCAAAACCGACUCCAAAAAUGUCGACAUAAAGGACCCAAUAAUUUUAGAAAAACGUUUACGUGAAAGAGAUCAUUUGAUUAAUGAAUUGGAAAAAAUUCAAAAAAAUAAAAAAUUGAUUAAAUCGGACUUCAAAACCGACUCCGAAGAAGUCGAAAUGAAGGACCCAAGUAUUUUAGGAAAACGUUCACUUAAAAUAGAAAAUUCGAUUAAUGAAUCAAACAAAAUUAAGAAAAGCAAUCAAGUGACCGAAUUACCCGCGUUGGCAUUAUCAGCAACGGAUACUGAAGUAAAAACCGCUGGAAUAUUGGGAGACAUUGAAUCUGACGAAGACAUUAAUCGAUUAAUCGAAAAAGCUAAGGAUUGGUUAGGUUCCGUUAAUCAAAAUAUUCAAUUCCUUAUAAAUUUAGAAGGUUUCGAUGAGUUUAUAAGACAGCAGCCAUAUUUAUUACCAAUUUCCAAUGAUCUUAAUAAACAAUCACAGUUGAAAAAUAUAUAUAAUGAUAUGAAGAGACGGGAAAAAGAAUUAAUAAAAAAUAAAGAUGAAAAUUUGAAUUCACUUGAUAUUAAUUCAAUUGAUUAUUUGUAUGAAAAGUUACUGAUUUUCGAAGUAAUUUAUUAUUUUGUAUUUUAUUCUACAAAUAAGGAGGUCGAUAAAGUCUUAAUUUUGUAUUACAAUUCAGAGUUGGGAAACCUAGAAGAGAUGACUAAAGUUAAACAGGAAGUCGAAUCGUUUGAUAAAACAGAAAUUGAUAAAUUUAUUGUCAUUCUGUUCAUGUUGGAAAAAGUUAUGGAUAAAGUGAAAACUAAAAUCGAUGAGAUAGAAGAAGAUUUUACUGAUGAGAAAGAAAAUGAAGAAGAAGCGAACAGGAAAACGUACAGGCAGAAAAUAAAUGAUGCGUUCAAAAAUUUUGUUAAUACAAAGUAUAAAAUUUUAGAGGCACUUUACCAACUUUCCGAGGAAAAAAAUGUGUUUAAUGUAGUAGCUCUUAAGAGAUCAUUAAAACAAUUGGAUAGUGAAUUGGAACAAUAUGGCAAAUAUUAUGGAACAGAACGACUAAAUUAUUAUUCGCGGUAUUUGAUGUACAUACAAAAUAUGAGUGAACCUCGCACGAAUAAUGACAGUGAAACUCAUCGAAAUCGAAGACGAACUAACGGAGUUGAUAUUCAUGAAAGUAUUGAGACGUUGAUACCAUUUACGAAAAUAAUAAAAGAACAAAUUCAGGGGUUCCGAAAAGAAUUUAAAAAAACAUAUGAACAGUAUUUAAAGUUUAUUGAAAAUCCCCAAAGUCGAAUUCAACAUCAAUCAUCAGUACAGUCUGAAAAUCAAUCCGCGACACCACCAACGAGCAAAAAUGAAUUCGGGCGAAAAGUUCAAUAUUCGUCAUUUCAUAAAGUUGGGAAAAUAUAUGACACAACAAUAAAAUCAUUAGGCGAUUUUAUGACAACAUUUACAGAAGAUUACAGAAAUUUAUAUUCAAUAGCUAUCAAGAUAAGUUCAUUAAAACAAGAAUUUAAUAAUCUAGUUACGCGAUAUGAGAACCGUACAGAUGAUUUAGAAGUUAAUCAGUUGUAUCAAAUAAACAAAAAGAUUGACAGUAUUAUUGAACAUCAUAAUAAGUUAGUCAUUACGUACAAUGCAGAAAUCGAGCAUUUCAUCGCAUUGCAACAUAAUUUAAGUAACGGUAUACUUGUCUAUGAAUCGACAACAGGAAAGAAUUUCGUAUUGUCAAAAGAUGAUGAUCUAGAAGAGUUUAAACGUUUGGUUGAGACCGAUGAAAUUUCACAAAAACGCAGCCCAAUAUACGCAUCAUUUGCCAGCAGAUUCAAAGGCGAUCUACAAAAUUCUGCUGACAAAACUGUAUUGAUGCCUGUUAAGCCGUUGAAGAAAGACAAGUGGAUAUUGCGAUCUCCAGUAGAACAGGAUAAUGAUGACUCUGAACAAACUCAACAAAAUGCCCAGAAUAGUGAAGACCCUGGACCAGACAAUCAAGAACACCAACCAUCUCGACAAAAUACCGAAUUCGAUGACGCCACAGAACAUCACACGGAUCCUUCUGUACCUAACAAUGCAAUAAACGCAACAUUUGCCAGCAGAUUCAAAGACGAUCUACAAAAUUCUGCUGACAAAACUGUAUUGAUGCCUGUCAGACCAUUAAAGAAUAACAAUUGGAUUCUGCAAUCUCCAGUAGAACAGGAUAACGAUGCCUCUGAACAAACUCAACAAAAUGCCCAGAAUAGUGAAGACCCUGGACCAGACAAUCAAGAACACCAACCAUCUCGACAAAAUACCGAAUUCGAUGACCCCACGGAACAUCACAUGGAUCCUUCUGUACCUAACGUUGAACUUAAUAGUGAUGUUCAACAAACAUCCCAAGAGCCAACGGAUCCCUCACUUCCAACCCCAAACGUAUUGUCUCAAAAUCCUAACAUUGAUCUCUUCACCGCACUAUAGACUAUUAUAUUGUAAAAAAACUAACGCUUUUAUUAGUAUGACAAAUAAAUAUAUAUUUUAAAAAAUUAAACUCAUAUAUUAGUAAGACGAAAGAACAUACUUCUAAAAAAAUUAGUCUUUAUAUAGUAACAAAGUAAAAAUUAAAA